AUGGAGGAGACCUUCAUGGUCCAGUACUGCUGCGGCUUCGACGAGUGCAACCCUCUCGGAAUCCCCUAUGACAAGAAGAGGAACAUCAUGAUUGGCGGCCACACCCGGCGCGAUUCUUCACUCCCCUUCGGGAUCUCUGCUCGAAGCUCGGGUAGCGGUGGGCUGUACUUGCAGUUCAAAAACGGCACCAUCAUCCCUCCCAAGGAGGUCGGAUACCCCCCCGAAUCCCUUGCUGCCCGGGCCAAGAAGAUGAACCGCCGCUGCGAAGGGUAUGAGCAAGACUCCUAUACCGCGAGUGGACAGCCUUACUACAAGACUUUUGAGACGGAACUUGUUGGUAGCACCAUCGCCCCCUCGAGCGAAGACCGGACCAUUGAGGUGAGGCAUUCUCGCUCAGUUGAAGUCCGCACGACUUUCUCUGUGUCUGUCGGUGACCCGCUUGGAAUUGUGUCGGCUUCGGUCGGGUUCGAGUUCGCCACGACUGAGACGCAGGAGAUCACUUACCCGCUGUUGGUUCCUGCUGGAGUGAGCGGGACGGCUGGCUUCACGCCCGUGUACAUUUGCACCAGCGGAACCUUGAAAGAUUGUGAUGGCAACACUACGAACGAGGAAGAGAGUUGCACGGCUUGGUUAAAUGACAACGGAGAUAUCCAGGGGGAUUGGCAGGUUGUGGAGUCUUGA